CCCGAAUGCUAACGACUACGUAGUAGCAGUUGGUAUGACCUCUCUAAGCUCGUCAUAACCUUUCACGUACCCCCCCCUUCUUUUACGGAAACAAGAAUCCAAAACUUAUACCAAAAAACGAUGUCUGACGUUCGAGCUCCUUCCGCUGACGAGCCCCAGGCUAAAAAGGUCAAGACCACCCACGAGUCGGGCAAGAAAGUCUGUCUGAUCGUCCACGACGGAUGGGGUCUCUCCAGCAACGAAAAGGGCAACGCCGUCUUUCACGGAGAGACGACCCACAUGGACCACAUCCGGGACACCCACAACCACGUAGAGCUCGAAGCUCACGGUCUGGCCGUCGGGUUGAAGGACGGGUUGAUGGGCAACUCGGAGGUCGGGCAUUUGAACAUCGGCGCCGGGAGGAUCGUUUGGCAGGAUAUCGUCAAGAUCGAUCAGACGAUCAAGAAGGACGAGUUCAAGGACACUCCCAACAUCGUGGCCGCUAUGAAGCACGCCAAGGAGAACAACGGGAGGUUGCACUUGAUGGGUCUCGUCUCUGACGGCGGUGUCCACGCACACAUUCUCCACCUGUUCGAGCUCCUCAAGGUCGCCAAGUCUUACGAGAUCCCCCACGUCUACGUUCACUUUUUCGGUGACGGUCGGGACACUUCGCCCAAGUCCGCCGCUGGGUACUUGAAGCAGUUGCUCGACUUUAUCAAGGAGAACGGGGUUGGAGAGGUCGCGACCAUCGUCGGGAGGUACUAUGCUAUGGACAGGGAUAAGCGAUGGGAGAGGGUCAAGAUCGCCGUCGACGGGUUGGUCAAGGGAGAGGGAGAAAAGUCGGACGACCCGCUGGCGACUGUCAACCAGCGCUACGAGGCUGGCGAGACGGACGAGUUCCUCAAGCCCAUCAUUUGCGGUUCGCCGGAGUCCCGUGUCCAAAAGGGCGACACGGUCUUCACCUUCAACUACCGUUCCGACCGAGUCAGGGAGAUCGUUACCGUCCUCGGUAUGCCCGACAAGCCCAUGGACGUCGAGGUUCCCGAGGACCUGCACAUCACCACGAUGACCAGGUACAACGCCGAGUUUCCGUUCGCGAUCGCUUUCCCGCCGAUGAGCAUGGACGACGUGUUGGCCGAGUGGUUGGGCAAGCAGGGAGUCAAGCAGUGUCACAUUGCCGAAACCGAAAAGUACGCCCACGUCACCUUUUUCUUCAACGGAGGUGUGGAGAAGCAAUUCCCGGGCGAAGAGCGUGUCAUGAUCCCGUCCCCCAAGGUGGCGACCUACGACAAGCAACCCGAGAUGAACGCCCAGGGUGUAGCCGACUCGGUCGCCGAGACGGUCAAGUCGGGCAAGUACGAAUUCGUCAUGUGCAACUUUGCGCCGCCCGACAUGGUCGGACAUACCGGGGAUUUCGAGGCUGCCGUCAAGGCGAUCACGGCUACGGACAAGGCGGUCAGGACGAUCUACGAUGCGUGCAUGGAGGCUGGGUACGAGAUUGCCAUCACCGCCGAUCACGGCAACGCCGAGCAGAUGCUCGACCCCGAGACUGGCAACCCGCACACGGCGCACACGACCAACCCGGUCCCCUUCAUCACCUCGUUCCCGCUGAAACAAGAGGGAGGGUGUCUCGCCGAUGUCGCCCCGACUGUCUUGGCCGUUAUGGGUUUGCCUCAACCCGAGGCCAUGACCGGGAAGAGCUUGUUGGCUUGAGCUCGAUCUUAGGGCUGGUGUUGUAUGCGAAAAAGACCAAGGCUAGAGGCCGGCAAAAAAGGUGAAGAAGGUGCUGGACUGGGUAUGAUUGAAUUAUACGAAAUACAUAUAGAUGG